UCGUGGCACGAGCCUGUGUUCGAACAGACCUACUGACUGAAGGCGCGACCCCCAAGCCCCUGCACAAGCCUGGACUCCUCCCGCCCCCACCCCCACUUGCAGCAACAGAGAUGGGGCUGGCCUUUAAGAUCCUCCUCCUGUUGGUCACAGUGAGCCUGGAGGGGGGCGACUGCGCCAUCUUUGUGAAGACCAUCCGUCAGCGGCGGGCACUGCUGCCCAACGCCACAUCCGGCCGCCCCACCACCUUCAACCACGUCUACAACAUCAAGCUGCCGUACUGCAGGAACUGCUCGGCUAACGUCGCUAGGCCCCUGGCCCGCAUCUUUGAGGCUCGAGAUGAGGCCAGGGAUGACCAGAGCUUUGAGCACACCGUCGACCCCACCAAUCAGGUGGUCUUCACUCACAGGAUUAACAUCCCUCCACAGGUCUGUGGCUGCGACGAUAUUCAGGCUCUCCUAAACCGCCUGGAGGUGCUGGAGAAGCAGGUGCUGACCCUGGAGAGGCAGUGCUCGGGCAGUCCGUGCUGUGGUAUGAAGCGUGUGGACUGCGGUGCCCAUGGAAGGUUCAGCUCCUCUAGCUGCAGCUGUGUUUGUAACCAGGGCUGGACGGGGCCAACCUGUGCCAAGGCUAGCUGCCCUGCCAGCUGCCACCCUCCCCAGGGUGACUGUGUGGAUGGCCGGUGUGUGUGUCGUCAGGGGUUCACAGGCGAGGACUGCAGCAAGGAGAGCUGCCCCGAUGACUGUAAUGACCAGGGCCGCUGUAUCGAUGAUGAGUGUGUCUGCUUCCCUGGCUACACGGGCUACGGCUGUACUGAGCAGACCUGCCCUGAUGACUGUAGGGACCACGGCAAGUGUGUCAAUGGCCGCUGCAUCUGUGACAAGGGCUACUCCGGCUUCGACUGCCGCCUCGAAGAUUGUCCGGGAGACUGCAGCGGACAAGGGCGCUGUAUCGAUGGCGAGUGCGUCUGUAACACAGGCUUCUCAGGACGGGACUGCAGCCUUCCGGCCUGUCCCAGUAACUGUCACCGCCGAGGGAGCUGUGUCAACGGCAAGUGUGUCUGCAGGAAAGGCUUCACUGGGCCUGACUGCAGCCUGAAAGCUUGUCCUGAGAACUGUAACAACCGAGGGCGAUGUGUCAAUGGGAAAUGUGUCUGUAACACAGGCUAUUCAGGACCUUCCUGUGGGACCCAGACCUGUCCUGAGAACUGUAACAACCAAGGGCGAUGUGUCAAUGGGAAAUGUGUCUGUAACACAGGCUAUUCAGGAUCUUCCUGUGGGACCCAGACCUGUCCUGAGAACUGUAACAACCGAGGGCGAUGUGUCAAUGGGAAAUGUGUCUGUAACACAGGCUAUUCAGGACCUUCCUGUAAAACACAGACCUGUCCUGAGAACUGUAACAACCGAGGGCGAUGUGUCAAUGGGAAAUGUGUCUGUAACACAGGCUAUUCAGGGCCUUCCUGUGGGACCCAGACCUGUCCUGAGAACUGUAACAACCGAGGGCGAUGUGUUGAUGGAAAGUGCGUCUGCAAGGAUGGGUUCGCAGGAAAUGAUUGUUCAAUUGAAAUCCCAGCCGCCAUCCGGCUUCAUGUGAAGAAGGUCCUGGAGAACAAGGCGACUGUGGGUUGGGAGCUGCCGCAGGUUCCAGUCGAUUCCUGGGAGAUCACCUUCCGAUCCCUGCAGGAGGACGUUGGUCAGCUGACCCAUCUCGUGGCUGGCUCCAAGAGCACGUUCCAGCAGACAGGCCUGGCUUCAGGGCAGGAGUAUGAGGUGACAGUGCGGGCAAAGAAGGGCAAGAGGUUGGGGCCGGCCGUAUCCAGGACCCUCACAACACUGAUCGAUGGGCCACGGAAUCUCCACGUAGUCUCAGCGACCAACUCCACCAUUGAGCUGGGCUGGAAGAAGCCAGAAGCCUCCAUUGACCAUUAUCGCCUCAACUACUCGUCAGCGACUGGCAAACGCAGCCAGGUGGUAGUGCCUGCCAGUAACAGCAGCAUCGUACUGACAGGGCUGGAGGCUGGCGUUGAACACACCAUCUUCCUGGUGGGGGAGAAAGGUCAACACCAGAGCAAGGCCGUCGCCACCAAAGGAACAACUGAAGGUGGCACCCAGGGCAAACUGGCCAGAGGGUACUCAUCACCCACAGAGGCUGCCAGUGAGAACCAGCUUGUCCAGAACAUCUCGAGGACCAUCUCCAAGACGAUCAUGGCUGGGGAACUCUCUGCUGCUGAUGUCGGCCCAGUGAUGUGGUCCGUCAUUCGGCGUUAUCCGGCCUUUCCCAAAGAGGUCAGGCGCUCUACCAAGGUGCUUCUCAAUAUCCCAAAUACGGGAAUCCCCCGAGUCAGUUCCAGGUCUGGGAGAGGACCAGGGAGACACAGAGGAUCCAAUGUGGUUGGCUCCCCUGCAGUUUCCCCAAAGAAGCCUAAGGGAGGAGUUGCUGGCUCUCCCGGAGACCGGGAAGCCAUUCGCAUUCCCAUUCCCCAGCAAACCCACAAUGGAACCGUGAGCCCUCCCAGCACCAGGACGCCUGAACUAAACAAGCCGGAGAUUUUUGGAGGUAAAGGCCCACCACUUUCUGACAUGGAGAACAUCGUCGUUAACUUUACUAGAACCUUCUUUUUUCCCAAGGGUACUUCAAAUGGCGGUUGUUCAGGAUCGGAAUGUAAACUGGCCUCGUACCUCAUGUUUCCUUUUGAAGACAGGGCACCUCAUGACACAUUUAUAUCGCACAUUUCACCCGGGAAAAGGCAUUCUGCAAUGAACAUUGUCAAAGAUGAAGAGCUGACCACUCCCUCGAAAACAAAGCUGGAGGGCCCGGCCAUUCCCAGCGGUCCCUCAGACAGCCCUCCCACAGCCGCCAAUGACCCACUCCUCACUACCCAGAGCUCUUCCCCAACGCAGGCUCCCAGUGACCUUCGACCUUUUGACCUCCCGGAUUUGACCACUGCCGUGAACUCUUACCACGUUGCGCCUGACGACAAACUCUCGGCUUCCAUUACAGACCAGGUUGCUCAUUUUCGCAACGUGACGGUUAGGGACGUUACGACCCAAGCCUUCCGCCUGUCUUGGAAGGUUCCGGAAGGAGCCUUCGACUCUUUUGUCGUCCAAUACAGAGUGGCUACAGGCUCUGUGCGCUGGGAGGAACGGAAAGUGCAGGGGCGUUUCCGCUCGGUGCUCCUCAAGGGGCUGCUCCCUGGCACAGACUACACCAUUAGAUUGUACGGAGUUCGAGACGGGCAGCGGACUGGGCCUACUGCACUGAACGUGACCACAGAUUUCAUGGAACCAGUGAAAGUGGGGAAGCUUGGAAGACUCACCUUCUCUGACAUCACAGAGCGCUCCCUGCGCCUGGCCUGGACUGCGGACAGGGACUUUGACACCUUCCUCGUACACUACCGCAUCAUUGGGUCCAAGGAGGUGCACAAGCUGAAGCUGCCCGGCAACCUUCGCUCCUCGCUCAUCACAGGCCUCAGGCCUGGCACCAACUACUCCAUUUCCCUCCACGGUAUCUCAUCUGGCCAGCGGACUAAACCAAUCAGCAGCACCACAACCACCACAGAGGCUGUAAAACUGGGCAGCGUGUCCACCUCUGAUAUCACGGCUAACUCCCUCCGACUCUCCUGGACGGUGGACAGGGCCCACUUUGACUCCUUUUUAAUCCAGUACAGAGUCCAGCGCUCUGAGGAGACCCAAAACAUCACAGUCACCGGUGGGCAAAGAUCCCACUUCAUCGUAGGCCUCAAGCCUACUACCAGAUACAUCAUCUAUCUGUACGGGAUUUCUGAUGGAGUAAGGACAGAGCCUUUGACCACUACUGUGACCACCUCAGUGAAAGUGCAGCCACAGCGGGGUGAAGUGAGGGACCUCUCAGUAUCGGACAUCACGGCCGACUCUCUCCAGCUCUCCUGGGUGACCGAGAGGCGAUACGACUCUUUCUUCAUUGAGUACAGAGCUGAAGAGGACCACGUCCUCCAGAGCCUGACGGUUCGUGGUGACCAUCGAUCGGCCACCAUCACAGGCCUCAGGCCUACCACCAAAUACACCCUCUAUCUCUAUGGGGUCUCGGCUGAUCAGCGCACUGCUCCGCUGAGCGUGGUCGCCACCACCACAGAUAAGGACGCAGCCAGACUGAAAAAGGUUGGGCAGCUUUCAGUCUCUAAUGUCACAUCUGACUCCUUCCAGCUUUCCUGGGCAGCAGAUGGUGCUUUUGAUUCCUUUGUGAUACAGUACAGGGUGCCCGGUUCUAAAGUGGCACGGAAACGCACGGUAACCGGUGACAGCCAGAGAACUGUGAUCACAGGCCUCAGGCCUAGCACCAGCUACAGAGUCUUCCUCUUUGGGGUUUCCCAUGGCCAGCGCACAAGACCACUGACUGGCCUUGUAUCCACCAGAGCUUCCACAGAUAAAGACAAAGUAAAGCCAAGUAAAGUGAAUAAGCUGGAGAAUCUUUCCGUCUCUAACGUCACAGCAGACUCAUUCCGGCUGUCCUGGAGAGCGGAGAAAGAUUUUAAUUCUUUUCUCAUACAGUACGGAGUGCGAGGUUCUGAGGAUGUGCACAACGUGACGGUAACUGGUGACCGUCGAUUGUCUGUCAUCACAGGCCUGAGGCCUAGCACCGUGUACACAGUCUAUGUCUAUGGGAUCUCUGCUGGUGUACGCAGCAAGCCUCUCAACACCCUCAUAACCACCAAAGCUUCCACAGAUAAAGACAAAGUAAAGCCGAGUAAAGUGAAUAAGCUGGAGAAUCUUUCAAUCUCUAACGUCACAGCGGACUCUUUCCAGCUGUCCUGGGGAGCGGAGAAAGAUUUUGAUUCUUUUCUCAUACAGUACGGUGUGCGAGGUUCUGAGGAUGUACACAACGUGACAGUAACUGGUGGCCGUCGAUUGUUUGUCAUCACAGGCCUGAGGCCUAGCACCGUGUACACAGUGUAUGUCUAUGGGAUCUCUGCUGGUGUACGCAGCAAGCCACUCAACACCCUCAUAACUACCAAAGCUUCCACAGAUAAAGACAAAGUAAAGCCAAGUAAAGUGAAUAAGCUGGAGAAUCUUUCAGUCUCUAACAUCACAGCGGAUUCCUUCCAGCUGUCCUGGGGACCGGAGAAAGAUUUUGAUUCUUUUCUCAUACAGUACAGAAUAAGAGGCUCUGAGGAUGUGCACAAUGUGACAGUAACUGGUGACCGUGGAUUGUUUGUCAUCACAGGCCUGAGGCCUAGUACCGUGUACACAGUCUAUGUCUAUGGGAUCUCUGCUGGUGUACGCAGCAAGCCUCUCAACACCCUUUUAACCACCAAAGCUUCCACAGAUAAAGACAAAGUAAAGCCGAGUAAAGUGAAUAAGCUGGAGAAUCUUUCAGUCACUAACGUAAAAGUGGACUCUUUCCAGCUGUCCUGGAGAGCGGAGAAAGGCUUUGAUUCUUUUCUCAUACAGUACAGAGUGCGUGGCUCUGAGAAUGUGCACAAUGUGACGGUAUCUGGUGACCAUCGAUUGUCUGUCAUCCCAGGCCUGAGACCUAGCACCAUAUACACAGUCUAUGUCUACGGGAUCUCUGCUGGUGUACACAGCAAGCCUCUUAAAACCCUCAUAACCACCAAAGCUUCCACAGAUAAAGACAAAGUAAAGCCAAGUAAAGUGAAUAAACUGAAGAAUCUUUCAGUCACUAACAUAAAAGCGGAUUCCUUCCAGCUGUCCUGGGGAGCAGAGAAAGGUUUUGAUUCUUUUCUCGUACAGUACAGAGUGCAUGAUUCUAAGGAUUUGCACAGUGUGACGGUAACUGGUGACCGUCGAUUGUCUGUCAUCACAGGCCUGAGGCCUAGCACCAUGUACACAGUCUAUGUUUAUGGGAUCUCUGGUGGUGUACACAGCAAACCAGUCAAAACCCUUAUAACCACCAAAGCUUCCACAGAUAAAGACAAAGUAAAGCCAAGUAAAGUGAAUAAGCUGGAGAAUCUUUCAGUCUCCAACAUCACAGUGAACUCCUUCCAACUGUCAUGGGGAGCAGAGAAAGAUUUUGAAUCUUUUCUCAUACAGUACAGAGUAAGAGGUUCUGAGGAUGUGCACAAUGUGACAGUAACUGGUGGCCGUCGAUUGUCUGUCAUCACAGGCCUGAGGCCGAGCACUGCGUAUACAGUCUAUGUCUAUGGGAUCUCUGCUGGUGUACGCAGCAAGCCACUCAACACCCUCAUAACCACCAAAGCUUCCACAGAUAAAGACAAAGUAAAGCCAAGUAAAGCGAAUAAGUUGGAGAAUCUUUCAGUCUCUAACAUCACAGCGGACUCUUUCCAGCUGUCCUGGGGAGUAGAGAAAGAUUUUGAUUCUUUUCACAUACAGUACGGAGUGCGAGAUACUGAGGAUGUGCACAACGUGACGGUAGCUGGUGACCGUCAAUUGUCUGUCAUCACAGGCCUGAAGCCUAGCACCGUGUACACAGUCUAUGUUUAUGGGAUCUUUGCUGGUGUACGCAGCAAGCCACUCAACACCCUCAUAACCACCAAAGCUUCCACAGAUAAAGACAAAGUAAAGCCAAGUAAAGUGAAUAAGCUGGAGAAUCUUUCCGUCUCUAACGUCACAGCGGACUCUUUCCAGCUGUCCUGGGGAGCGGAGAAAGAAUUUAAUUCUUUUCACAUACAGUACGGAGUGCGAGGUUCUGAGGAUGUGCACAACGUGACGGUAACUGGUGACCGUCGAUUGUCUGUCAUCACAGGCCUGAGGCCUAGCACCGUGUACACAGUCUAUGUCUAUGGGAUCUCUGCUGGUGUACGCAGCAAGCCACUCAACACACUCAUAACCACCAAAGCUUCCACAGAUAAAGACAAAGUAAAGCCAAGUAAAGUGAAUAAGCUGGAGAAUCUUUCAGUCUCUAACGUCACAGUGGACUCUUUCCAGCUGUCCUGGGGAGCGGAGAAAGAUUUUGAUUCUUUUCUCAUACAGUACGGAGUGCGAGGUUCUGAGGAUGUGCACAACGUGACAGUAACUGGUGACCAUCGAUUGUCUGUCAUCACAGGCCUGAGGCCUAACACCAUGUACACAGUCUAUGUCUAUGGGAUCUCUGCUGGUGUCCGCAGCAAGCCACUCAACACCCUCAUAACCACCAAAGCCUCUGGGGGGAAGCCAAGUGACAAGAUGAAACCGGGUCGCUUGUCGUUCUUGAACAUCACCUCGGAUUCUGUCCAGCUGUUCUGGCCACCUCAGAGAGGCACUGAUUUUUAUAUCCUCCAGUACAGAGUGCGGUCUUCUGCAGCUGUACAGAACGUCACACUUACUGGUGACCGCCGCUCUUUCAAAAUCACAGGCCUCAGUCCUGCCACUAAGUACCUCUUCUCCCUGUACCGUGUCUCCGGGGGCCAGUACAAAAAGCCACUGCUCCUUCCAUUAACCACCAAAGCUUCUCCUGAGAAGGCCAAGCCCAAACCGCAAAAGGAGAUUGAACUGGGCGCCCUGUCGGUUUCUAAUGUCACGGCCGACUCCACUGCAUUCUCCUGGACUGCAGAGAAGGGAUUCGAUGCCUUUCUGAUACGGUACAAAGUGCAUGGCUCCGGGGCUGUGCAGAACUUCACGGUCACCGGCGGCAACCGCUCGGCAACUAUCACAGGCCUGAGGCCUAGCACCAAGUACACCCUCUAUGUCUACGGGGUCUCUAAUGGAAAACGCACAAAGCCACUGAGCAGAGUUAUUACCACAAAAGCUUCCAAAGAUAAAGAGACUGUAAAACUGGGCAGCGUGUCCACCUCUGAUAUCACGGCUAACUCCCUCCGACUCUCCUGGACGGUGGACAGAGCCCACUUUGACUCCUUUUUAAUCCAGUACAGAGUCCAGGGCUCUGAGGAGACCCAAAACAUCACAGUCACCGGCGGGCAAAGAUCCUACCUCAUGGUAGGCCUCAAGCCUACUACCAGAUACACCAUCUAUCUCUACGGGAUUUCUGAUGGCAUAAGGACAGAGCCCUUAACCACUACUGUGACUACCUCAGCUUCUGCAGAGAGAGAUACUACAACACCAGCUCAGCUGGGCAGCGUGUCCACCUCUGAUAUCACGGCUAACUCCCUCCAAAUCUCCUGGACGGUGAACAGGGCCCACUUUGACUCCUUUUUAAUCCAGUACAGAGUACAGGGCUCUGAGGAGACCCAAAACAUCACAGGCACCAGCGGGCAAAGAUCCUACCUCAUCGUAGGCCUCAAGCCUACUACCAGAUACACCAUCUAUCUCUACGGGGUCUUCAAUGGCAAACAUAGCAAACCGUUGACUGCUGCCGUGACCACCACAGCCUCCACAGAUAAAGAGGGUCAGAGGCCGCUCACGGUGGUGGAUCUGGGCAAGGUCUCAGUGUCUAAGGUCACGGCCAACUCCCUCAAACUCUCCUGGGAAACGGAGAGAUCCUAUGAUUCCUUCCUCAUCGAGUACGGCCCUGAGGGCUCGGAAGAUGUAAGUGAGCUCCCGGUAACCGGUGACCGUAGAUCUGCUGUCAUCACAGGCCUGAGGCCUAGCACCACCUACAAGCUCCGUGUCUACGGGCUGUCUGGUGACCAACGCAGCAGACCGCUGACCACCUCCGCCAAGACCACAGCCACCGCAGCUAAAGACGCUGUGAAGCCAAGUAAACUUGGCGACCUUUCUGUCUCUCACAUCACGGCUCAGUCCUUCAAACUCUCCUGGACAGCAAGCGAGGGCUUCGAUUCCUUUCUGAUAGAGUACAGCACCUCGGAGCCCCGGGGAGUGUACAACCUGACCAUGACCGGGGACCAAAGAUCCACCUCCAUCAAAGGCCUCAGGCCUACCACCGUCUACACUGUCCGUCUCUAUGGGGUCGCUAAGGGCCAGCACACAAAGCCACUGACCAGCGUAGUGACCACCACAGCCCUGACAGAUAAGUCCGUGGUCAAACCCGUUAAACUGAGACCUCUUUCCGUUUCCACGGUGACGGCUCACUCUGUGCGGGUCUCCUGGACGACAGAUUUGGUCUUUGGUUCCUUCCUCAUCGAGUACAGAAUCGUGGGGUCCCGGAGUGUGCAGAAUGUGACGGUGAUGGCCCAUCGCCGCUCCUACCUCAUCACAGGCCUGAGGCCUAGCACCAAGUACACCGUCACCGUCUAUGGGAUUUCCAGAGGCCAGCGCACAGCACUGUCAACAUCUGUGGUAACCACAAGAGCCUCCACAGAUAAAGAGGGUCAGAGGCCGCUCACGGUGGUGGAUCUGGGCAAGGUCUCCGUGUCUAAGGUCACGGCCGACUCCCUCAAACUCUCCUGGGAAAUGGAGAGAUCCUAUGAUUCCUUCCUCAUCGAGUACAGCCCUGAGGGCUCAGAGGAUGUGAAUGAACUCCCGGUAACCGGUCACCGUCAAUCUGCUGUCAUCACAGGCCUGAGACCUAGCACCACCUAUAAACUGUAUGUCUACGGGCUCUCUGGUGACCAACGCAGCAGGCUGCUGACCACCUCCGCCAAGACCACAGACAAGGCCGUGGUCAAGCCCGUUAAACUGAGACCUCUUUCCGUUUCCACGGUGACGGCUCAUUCUGUGCGGGUCUCCUGGACGACAGAGUUGGUCUUUGGUUCCUUCCUCAUCGAGUACAGAAUCGUGGGGUCCCGGAGCGUGCAGAAUGUGACGGUGAUGGCCCAUCGCCGCUCCUACCUCAUCACAGGCCUGAGGCCUAGCACCAAAUACACCGUCACUGUCUAUGGGAUUUCCAGAGGCCAGCACACAGCACUGUCAACAUCUGUGAUAACCACAAGAGCCUCCACAGAUAAAGAGGGUCAGAGGCCGCUCAUGUUGAUGGAUCUGGGCAAGGUCUCCGUGUCUAAGGUCACGGCCGACUCCCUCAAACUCUCCUGGGAAACGGAGAGAUCCUAUGAUUCCUUCCUGGUUGAAUACGGCCCUGAGGGCUCAGAGGAUGUGAGCGUGCUCCCGAUAACCGGUGACCGUCGAUCCGCUGUCAUCACAGGCCUGAGGCCUAGCACCAUCUACAGGCUGCAUGUCUACGGGCUCUCUGGUGACCAACGCAGCAGGCCGCUUACCACCUCCACCAAGACCACAGAUAAGAGCGUGGUAAAGCUUGUUAAACUGAGAACUCUUUCCGUUUCCAUGGUGACGGCUCACUCUGUGCAGGUCUCCUGGACGACAGAGCUGGUCUUUAGUUCCUUCCUCAUCGAGUACAGAAUCAUGGGGUCCCGGAGCAUGCAGAAUGUGACGGUGAUGGCCGAUCGCCGCUCCUACCUCAUCACAGGCCUGAGGCCUAGCACUAAAUACACCGUCACUGUCUAUGGGAUUUCCAGAGGCCAGCGCACAGCACUGUCAACAUCUGUGAUAACCACAAGAGCCUCCACAGAUAAAGAGGGUCAGAGGCCGCUCACGGUGGUGGAUCUGGGCAAGGUCUCCGUGUCUAAGGUCACGGCUGACUCCCUCAAACUCUCCUGGGAAAUGGAGAGAUCCUAUGAUUCCUUCUUGAUUGAAUACGGCCCGGAGGGCUCAAAGGAUGUGAGCGAGCUCCCGGUAACUGGUGACCGUCGAUCCGCUGUCAUCACGAGUCUGAGACCUAGCACCACCUACAAACUGUAUGUCUACGGGCUCUCUGGUGACCAACGCAGCAGGCCGCUAACCACCUCCGCCAAGACCACAGACAAGGCCGUGGUCAAACCCGUUAAACUGAGACCUCUUUCCGUUUCCACGGUGACGGCUCACUCUGUGCGGGUCUCCUGGACGACAGAGUUGGUCUUUGGUUCCUUCCUCAUCGAGUACAGAAUCGUGGGGUCCCAGAGCGUGCAGAAUGUGACGGUGAUGGCCCAUCGCCGCUCCUACCUCAUCACAGGCCUGAGGCCUAGCACCAAGUACACCGUCACUGUCUAUGGGAUUUCCAGAGGCCAGCGCACAGCACUGUCAACAUCUGUGAUAACCACAAGAGCCUCCACAGAUAACGAGGGUCAGAGGCCGCUCACGGUGGUGGAUCUGGGCAAGGUCUCAGUGUCUAAGGUCACGGCCGACUCCCUCAAACUCUCCUGGGAAACGGAGAGUUCCUAUGAUUCCUUCCUGGUUGAAUACGGCCCGGUGGGCUCAGAGGAUGUGAGCGAGCUCCCGGUAACUGGUGACAGUCAAUCUGCUGUCAUCACAGGCCUGAGGUCUAACACCAACUACAGGCUGCAUGUCUAUGGGCUCUCUGGUGACCAACGCAGCAGGCCGCUUACCACCUCCACCAAGACCACAGCCCUGACAGACAAGACCGUGGUCAAACCCGUUAAACUGAGACCUCUUUCCGUUUCCACGGUGACUGCUCACUCUGUGCAGGUCUCCUGGACGACAGAGUUGGUCUUUGGUUCCUUCCUCAUCGAGUACAGAAUCGUGGGGUCCCGGAGCGUGCAGAAUGUGACGGUGAUGGCCCAUCGCCGUUCCUACCUCAUCACAGGCCUGAGACCUAGCACCAAAUACACCGUCACCGUCUAUGGGAUUUCCAGAGGCCAGCGCACAGCACUGUCAACAUCUGUGAUAACCACAAGAGCCUCCACAGAUAAAGAGGGUCAGAGGCCGCUCACGGUGGUGGAUCUGGGCAAGGUCUCAGUGUCUAAGGUCACGGCCGACUCCCUCAAACUCUCCUGGGAAACAGAGAGAUCCUAUGAUUCCUUCCUGAUUGAAUACGGCCCUGAGGGCUCAGAGGAUGUGAGCGAGCUCCCGAUAACCGGUGACCGUCAAUCUGCUGUCAUCACAGGCCUGAGACCGAGCACCACCUACAGGCUGCAUGUCUACGGGUUCUCUGGUGACCAACGCAGCAGACCGCUGACCACCUCUGCCAAGACCGCAGACAAGGCUGUGGUCAAACCUGUUAAACUGGGCCCUCUUUCUGUUUCCACGGUGACGGCUCACUCUGUGCGGGUCUCCUGGACGACAGAGCUGGUCUUUGGUUUCUUCCUCAUCGAGUACAGAAUCGUGGGGUCCCGGAGCGUGCAGAAUGUGACGGUGAUGGCUAAUCGCCGUUCCUACCUCAUCACAGGCCUGAGGCCUAGCACCAAAUACAGCGUUACCGUCUAUGGGAUUUCCAGAGGCCAGCGCACAGCACUGUCAACAUCUGUGGUAACCACAAGAGGAAUGGAUCUCUAUUGGAACUUUCUUUACCACACACGUGGGAGGCCAAAGAAUGCUCCAAGGCUGGUUUUCACACGGGCCCCAGUCGUCCUCUUAUUGAUCGGAGCUUCUGCAGCUAAAGACACUGUGAAGCCAAAUAGACUUGGUGACCUUUCUGUCUCUCACAUCACGGCUCAGUCCUUCAAACUCUCCUGGACAGCGAGCGAGGGCUUCGAUUCCUUUUUGAUAGAGUACAGCGCCUCGGAGCCCCGGGGAGUGUACAACCUGACCAUGACCGGGGACCAAAGGUCCACCUCCAUCAAAGGCCUGAGGCCUACCACCGUCUACACUGUCCGUCUCUAUGGGGUCGCUAAGGGCCAGCGCACAAAGCCACUGACUAGCGUAGUGACCACCACAGCUUCCACAGGAACGGUUAUCAUGGAACCCAGUGAGAAGAAAGAGCUGGGCAACAUUUCUGCUUUGGCGCUGACCCCUCACUCAGUCAGACUGUCCUGGGCAGCCCAGAGGGACUAUGACUCCUACGUUGUGCAGUACAGAGCCCGGGGAUCAGAGCUGGUGCAGAAACAGUCUCUGAGUGGCCAGACUCGAUCACAUGUCAUCACAGGCCUCAGGCCUACUACCAAGUACACCUUCUACCUCUACGGAGUGUCCAGUGGGCGCCACACAACACCCCUGUCCAUCACCGUCACCACCGCAGACUCCCCAGAUGAGGUCAGUCCGACAGCGAAGACACCGGUCCGACCCGGUGUAUCUCACAUCACAGCAGACUCCCUGCAGCUCUCCUGGAUGGUGGGCCGAGUGUAUGAACUCUUUCUGAUCCAGUACCGAGCCCACGGCUCCCAGACUGUGAGCAAUUUGACCGUGGCUGGAGAUCAGAGGUCAUUCUUCAUCACAGGCCUCAGACCCAGCACCAAAUACACCAUCUAUCUCUACGGGGUCUUUCAAGGCCAAGUCACAAAACUGAUGGCUUUUGUGGCUUCCACCACAGUGAAGGAAGGUGUAAGGCCCAGUCAGGUGAAGGCCUUGGGCAGCCUCUCUGUCUCUAACAUCACAGCUGACUCUCUGGAGCUCUCCUGGUCAACACAGUGGGCCUUUGAUUCCUACGUCAUUCAGUAUAGAGCCCAGGGCUCCGAGGAAGUGAGGAAGCUCCGGGUGUCUGGGAACCGUCGCUCGUAUGUCCUCAUAGGCCUCAGGCCUACCAUCAAAUACGCCAUCUACAUUUAUGGAGUGUCCAGGGGCCGUCACACCAGGCCGCUUUCGAUCGUCGUGACGACCACAGCUUCCAUAGAUACCAAUGGUGUAAAGCCCAGCAGGCUGAGGAAACUGAUCCGCCUUUCGGGGAACAAUGUCACGCAGGAUUCCCUGCAAAUCUUUUGGGCAGCUGAAAGUGGCUUUGAUUCCUUUCUGAUCCAGUACAGAGUGGAAGGAUCUGAGGAGGUGCAGAACUUCACAGUGCCUGCUCAUCAACAUUCGUCCUUCAUUGAAGGCCUGAGGCCUGGUACCAAGUACCUGGUUUCUCUCUAUGGGCUUUCCGGAAGCAGACGGACUAGGCCACUAACCACUAUAAUAACCACUGCAGCUUCAGCAGAGAAAGAGUUGGUGAAAUCUGGCAAGUUUGGGAGCCUUUCGUUCUCGAAUAUCACGGCUGACUCCCUCCUCCUCUUGUGGUCCGCUGACACUGUCUUUGACUCCUUCCUGAUACAGUACAAAGCUCAGGGGUCUGAACUUCUGCAGAAUAUCACUGUAACUGGUGACCGUCGCUCGGCCCUCAUCACAGGCCUGAGGCCUACGACCAACUACACCAUUUACCUCUAUGGGGUGUCCAAUGGCCAGCUCUCCAGGCCAUUGGUGGCUCUCUUGACCAUCACAGCGGUUCCUGUUCACACCGUUGGUGUCAGUGCCCUGGGAAGACUCUCAGUCUCCGAUAUCAACACUCACAGCCUCAAGCUCAGCUGGGCCGUGGAGGAAGGGACCUUUGACUCUUUCUUGGUCCAGUAUAGAGACUCCGAGGGGCAGCUGGGGGUCAAAGAGGUCACGGUGCCAGGCAACCUCCGCAGUGUCUCCAUCGGUGACCUGGCCCCCAGCACCGAGUACCUCAUCUCCCUCUAUGGCAUGUUACAGAACCAGCAAACAGAACCCAUUCCCAUCGUGGCACGAACAGCUCGAGAGAGUCCGAGCAGACUGAGUUUCUCCGAUCUCACAGACAGCUCAGUCACCGUCCACUGGGCAGCGCCGUCAGCGCCUGUCGAUAGCUUCAAGAUCUUCUACGUCCCGACGAAGCGAGGUGAACCGAGGAGCACGGUGAUAGCCGGCAGGAAAACCAACGUCACCCUGAGAGACCUGCUCCCGGAUACCCAGUACGAGGUCAACCUGGUGGCUGUGCGGGGGGCCACGGAGAGUCCACCCAUCCUGGACCACUUCACAUCUGCUCCGGAUGCUCCGACAAAUCUGAAAGCUGUGAAUGUUUCCGAGACAAUGGCCCUCCUGGUUUGGAGACCUGCGAUUGCACCCAUUGACCACUACACCAUCACCUACAGCAGCAAAGCCGGUGCCACUGUCAGCCGGGAUGUUCCCGGUAACUCAGCCCAGCUGCAGCUGACUGGCCUCACUGUGAAUACUGAGUACACAGCAGAUAUCUCUAGUGUCAGCGGAGACAGGAUGAGUCCGAGAGUCACUACCAGCUUUGUCACUGGUUCUGAUCUACCAAAGGACCUAACAGUGAGUGACAUCUCAUCAAGUGAAGCCCUGGUCUCCUGGAAGAGCCCGAGACUCAUCGUCAGAAACCAAGACCAACAAGGUGUCUCAGCCUCUUGA